CUCACUCUCUCUCUUCCCCCUUUCUUACUCUCUCGCUCACUCUUUGGCUCUCUAUUCCACACACAGAAGAAUACACACUUGCUCUUCAUGCCUCUCUCAGACACUCUCACCAUCACGCUCGCAGCCUCUUUUCCUUCACUGCUCUCAACCCUCCUCGCUGUUUCUCUCCGUCUCUCAUAAAGGGCAGCGUGAGCAGCAGAGCAUGAGGCUUUUAAUUGAAGCACAUAUGUAUCGUUCCUUAGCUGCGGCAGUUUGGAUCACAGCCAAGAUGUGUCAUUGACUGGAAAAGGACUGCCAUCUCACCUCUUAGAGAAGUGAAGUGGAAGAGAUAGAGAGAGAGUGAGAAGGUCUCCUUUUUAAGACGCACUUUGUUUGUUUUUGUUCAACUUCUCUGAUGGGAGAUAAACUGGCAGGAGAAGCUUAAGUCAAACACAGACCAGAGUGGUCAGCGGAAGACUCACUAAACACUUGGAGAUGCUACUAGGUGCCCUGUCCCAGAACCAGGUCCACCCCCUCCUGGGUUCCCUGCCUCUGCCGGGUCGACCCCUCCAGCCGCAGACUCAUGCCCAGCUGGAGCACUUCCUGCCGCUCAGGGUCAAUGGCUCCUCACCGCUCAGCCUCUUCCCCAACUUCAGCACAAUGGACCCGGUUCAGAAGGCGGUAAUCAACCACACCUUUGGGGUUGCUCCACCCAAGAAAAAGCCCAUCAUCUCCUGUAACAUCUGUCACCUGCGCUUUAACUCAACUACCCAAGCAGAGGCCCACUAUAAGGGUCACAAACAUGCUCGGAAGCUUAAAGCCAUGGAGACGCAGAGGAACCGUCAGAAAAAUGGACACAGCCCAUCCACAACAGGCAAAGACAGAGAGAGAGACCAAGAGAAAGGGAUGAUGGGAGCAGGAGCAGUGCCAACAGACUCACUUGUGAUAGACAUAGCAGCUCCAAGCACCUCAUCCCAACCUGUACAGCAACAAGCAGAAAACAGCCAGACCAUCUCACAAGUCCCAACUCCGGUCCAGCCGUCCUCAUCCAUGGACUCUCCUCAGCUGUCCCCACAGAUCUCCCCAGGCUCACAGCUGUCUGAUCCAACAGAUAGUCCACUCGCAGAGGGUUGCAGCUCGGGUUCUGCUUUGGCCCCUCACUUGGACCCUCAUGGGAGCUCCACUGGAGAUGAGGAGGUAAAGAUGGACGAGUCAAAAGAGGCCAAGAGCAGCAAGAAACAACUUCACUGUCCAACGUGCAAAGUGACGGUUAACUCCAGCUCUCAGUUGGAGGCUCAUUGCAGUGGCUCCAGACACAAACAGAUGCUGGAUGGUCAGAGUAGCAGCCAUUCACAGCGCAGAACCAAGAUGACAUCAUCACCUCGGCCGACCUGUCGAAUCAAACAGCGAAUGGGCAGCAAGACCAGAGCUGUUGUUGGUGUACACAACCAGCCCUUUCACUGUGAACUGUGCCAGGUGUCUGUCAACUCAGAGACACAGCUGAAACAGCACAUGAACAGCAGGAGACACAAAGAGCGUUUGGCUGGGAAGCCUGUCAAGCCCAAGUUCACCCCCUAUAAUAAACUACAGCCCAGUGCUGUCUUAGCAACUAAACUGGCCCUGCAGAAGCAGUUAUCCAAGGCCCUGCCGGCAGGGUUCCUGACGAGCCCCCUGAAUCCAGCUGCCUUGUGUACCAUGGCUUCUGGACCCCUAGCACUACGGUUGCCACCAGGUCCCGCGGCCAUCAUCCAGGGUCCUCUGAUCAGCCCGACACUCUUCAGACCUGCUCCGGGACCUCUUAGGGCUACCCACACUCCAAUUAUCUUCUCUCCUUACUAGCGCUGAGCCAAACUAUGUUGGAGGACCUCAAGUGGACCUAACUGAGCCAGACCUGGACUAACAAGAGACUGGGCUAUGGAGGACAAAGCACUGGACCCCCAUAAGUGACACCAGGACACUAUGCAGCAACAACGAGGGCAGCAUAUUAGCAUGUCAAGUUUGGCAGGUUCAGGUCAUAAGAACAGUAUGCGCUGUCCCCUGGAGUGGAUUGACAUUUCAGCGCUGACUGACCAGUGUCUCAUCCUCAAACUGGAAGGACCAUUGCUCAGCUGUCUCCUCUCAAAAAACUGUUGAGUGCAUGUACCCUGGGGUCUGGACCCCUCUGGAAGCCAUAACAAUGAGCAUCGUUGAGUUUUAUUUAUAAGAAUACGUAUAAUAGAUUAUACACUAGGAUGUGUAAAUGUUAAGAAGUGUUUAUUGCCAAAACCAUUUUGAUUUGAGAGCUUUGUAUUGUACUCUGGGAAAACAAGUACAAGAUUUCAUUCCUGCUUCAUUGCUUCAUUUUUACAGGCUCAAAUCUAAAGCAAAGAAAACCAGAUUACAGUGUCCUCAAGAAAGAGGCCACUUCCACACAAGACAAAAUAUAACUUCACAGCUCAACAUGUCUUUACAGCCUUUGUCUGACAGAUGGCAUUUAUUUUCCAGUAAUUUUAGAUAUAUAAAUACUGUCAUAUUUUAUCUGCCUGUUUUUUUUUUCUCUCUGUGAAAUUAAGUGACAAUCAAUGAUGACCCAUGAUGCCAAGAAUUUCCACCAUAGGGAGGCAGAGUGAAUCUUCAGCUAAGUUCAUCAACUGCAGUGAGAAUUAAAGUUAUUUAUACUUAAAAAUGGAACCUGCAUUCAGUUCAUUUGAGCCAUCAAAAAAAUUCUUCAGGUGUUGGUGAGAAAAACAAGUUCUUUUUUUCAAUCAAUAUCAAGAGACUGAUAUGCUGUUUGUCCAAAAUCCAAAUGAUUUAUCCAGGUUUUUUCCAACGUGUUAUUGAUGUUAUGAAACUUAAAUUUUUCGUACAGUUCAGGAUUAAAAACUAUGUUCUUUAAUUUUAGAAAUCCCAUCCCAUGAUUGUGCUGAAUCAUCCUAAGCAAUAUGUAUUUUUAAGUGUCAGCUGGUAAAAUUAAUUACAAGUGUAACUGUACACCACUUGCAAUAAUGUAAAUCAUAUGUGAUAAAAUGUCAAUAAUGUAUUCUAUAUGAACUAUAAAUAGUACUGUUUUUACA